AACGGCAGCCCGGCACUUGGACGGAAGCCAGUCACCCGCUCCAAAGCAUACGACGAUCGUCAGGGAAACAGUCGGUAGUUAAGAGAGAUACGAAAAGCGAACUUUAUUUCUAAUCUCCAGAUCUUUGUGUACAACCCCACAGGCAUCGGUGCUGGCUCUGUAUGAAGAGGAUCGGGCAACUCUGCCCUUUCCCUCACGUUCUCCGGGCACCAGUCAGCAACGGCCUCUUCCAGGGCAUCAAUACCUCCAUUCAAACGACCUACGCGGGAACAUUGAUGAAGCCGGCGGACAACUGGAAGAAUGUAUCCGUUCCCCUCAUUCAGCUUGGACAGCUUCCUAUCGUGCUUCUGUGUGUGCCGCUCAUCAGCUGGCUCAGCGACCACGUCGUCCGUUGCGGAGCCCGCCGCCACCAAGGAGUUCACGAGCCGGAUAAAAGGCUCAUCGCGUGGAUUAUACCUAUGAUUAUGACAUGUGCCAUUCACAUUAUAAAUCCUCUCGCACGUGGACUCGUGGGUUUUGGGCUCAGCCCGCGUACUAUGCAAUAUCUUGCUAGUAUUGGAUCUGCUACUACCUUUGGCAUAUAUGCGGCUGUUAGUGCGGUGUUCUGCUUGCUUGGCAUCAUCUCGUACUUCACCAGAAAGAGAGUCAGAAGAGCAUGUGCUCGGCUGACUCAAUGAACCGAGAAUUCUAUCUGAUUAUGAGUAGGUAUGUACGGUUUAGCCUUCCUCAGAGGUAACAGUGAACAACAAACCCUGACCACAGGUAAACAGAAAACUGUCAAGGUCACCCACUCUACUCUAGCUAUGCCAAUCCUCGAUGGGACUAGAACACAGCAAAUAGCACGAGCACAAUUGCAUUCCAGUCUUCAAUAGCGAGAAAUGAAAAUACAUUACCGAGAUUCUCAGCGGGAACACAAGCAUUAGGUCUCUGCGGCGAUGAGCUUUGCAAGUU